CAACAGCAUUCCUCUGGUUCUACAAAGAUCAAAACCCAAAUUAAGCAUCACCAUCCAGUUUCAUCCAUCACCUAGCGAGAUUUAGUUGCUUUCCUUUGAGAAGAGGAGCAUGGAAGGGCACAAGAGCGGCAUGGAUGCUGCAGUAGGUACCAUCCCUCCCAUGCAGACAAAUGAGAGCAACAGGAUUGCCAUCAUCGUCUCACCAAGGGCUGCAAGCUCCAAGAUCAUGCCAUUUGAGUUAGUCAAUGCUGGCGGCGUCAUCUCAAAACCACGUGCUGAUCCUGCAGAAUCCUCUGAUGCCCAUGCAACUCAUCAUCACCAAUGGAAUCAUGGCUUACCAAAAAUAAAAGCAGUUCCUCUCAUCAAGAAGGUGAUCGCUGAGUUCCUUGGCACAUUUAUACUGAUCUUCCCCGUGUUGUCCACCAUCAUCAUUAAUGAGCAGCAUGACGGCAUCGAGAGCCUACUCGGCAUCGCAACCUCUGCAGGUUUAGCCGUCACGGUUCUUGUGCUGUCCCUCAUCCACAUAUCCGGCUGCCACUUGAAUCCAGCAGUUAGUGUCGCCAUGGCUGCUUUCGGCCACCUUCCCCUUGUUCACCUUCUGCCUUACAUGACUGCACAAAUUAUCGGCUCCAUUGCCGCUUCCUUCACCGUCAAGGGCAUCUAUCAUCCCGUGAACCCUGGGAUCGCCACCGUGCCAAAAGUUGGCAAUGUUGAAGCAUUCUUCCUUGAGUUCAUCACAACAUUCUUACUUCUCUUCAUCAUCACUGCUCUUGCAACUGAUCCCCACGCGGUGAAAGAGUUGAUAGCAGUGGCAGUUGGGGCGACAAUAAUGAUGAAUGCUCUUGUGGCAGGGCCAUCAACAGGAGCAUCGAUGAACCCUGCACGCACAAUUGGUCCGGCAAUUGCCACCGGGAGGUACACUCAGAUUUGGAUCUACAUGGUGGCAACGCCACUGGGUGCUAUAGCUGGAACUGGGGCUUAUGUUGCAAUUAAGCUGUAGUAACUAACGGGGAACAUGCGGUUUUGGGAGAAAGCUGAUACAGUCUGAAUGUAAAUACAUCAAAAUUCUUCUGACCCCAUGGUCAAGCAGCAAUUCUGCUGAAAUGUAGAUGCAUAUUAGAAUGUUAAUAUUCAUACUUUUGUUUCACAAUUUGUACAGUUCUUUUGUUCUUCUUAUUUUCUUGGUUUAUUUCAA